AUAUUUGUAAUAUUUUUGGUUGUAAUUUUAUUUUUCAUUUUCUGCGAUGAAUCGUUCCCGGCGAUUCAAGGCGUUAUUUUCUAUUUGGUUGACUGCGGUUGUUUAAAAGCCGAAAAUCAAUGCUCAAUUCUCGGUAAAGUUGGUUUUGAUUUCGUUUUUUUUGGUUUUUUGAAAGAAAAAAAAGAAAAAAAAAGUAUUCGAACUCGGUCAAUGCGAUUGUAGAUCGUGUAAAUUAGAGGGAAUUCUAUGUUUGGAAUUUCUAACAAUAGGAAACGGAAUUUGCGAGCUGGAAAAACUUCAGGUUGAUUUUGUAGGCAAGUUUUUGUUUCUUCUUUUGGUGUUUCACGAUUAGUGAUUCCAGUAAAGAACCGCGAGGUGGCUCCGUUGAAGACCGGCGGCGCCAUCUCUCGUGCGGCAGGCCAAUCAUGAACGGAAGUGGUGACAUGGAGGCUGCAUCUGCCUCUGGCGGUGGCAUGGUCGGCGGCGAUGAGGAUGAGGUGGUGUAUUUGGAUCCCUUCAAUAUUGCUACCACCAAGAACGCUUCUGUGGAGACGCUGAAGCGAUGGAGGAAAGGAGGGGAAAAUAAUGGGAAAAGGGUGGCAAUUGGGCAUAUCUGAAGAUUUGUGCAGAAAUUUCAUUAAAGGCUUGAUGGGAAAUUGAAGUGCAAGAUCAUGCAGGCAGAUUGGACGUGUGAAUUAUUGCAAUGGAGGCUGGGUCGCAAUUCAUCUGUUUGAUUUCUGAGAAUGGUAAGGAAGAACAAUGGGAAAAAUUCAUAAAAGGAGCAGGCCAGAAGAUAUGCCUAGGUAUUAAUUGCGGCAGAAUGAGAAAAUUGGAUGGCAAAUCAAUCUGAAUAGUCAGGCAAAACUGGAACGAUUUUGAAGAAGAGUUGACUGGAUAUUGAGAAGCUGAAGAACAGGAUGGCCAAUACGGUUAUCCAAAUAGUCCAUGGAACUUUCUACAAAGUGAGAAUUACAAGACUUCCUUACUGAUAUUUGACUUAGUCCACGUAAGACUAUAACUGUUAGAAGAUUCAAGGACGGUAAUUCUUUUAUUGUCUCUGCUCCCUGGGAAAAAUUGGGUUUCUUCUGGAUGCUACACCCAGUCACAACAUCAAGUUCAAACUGGUUCAAUACGUGGUCAAGAGUUGGAAUGCUUGCAAAUUGUAUGACUCUCGUCCAAUUCAUGAUGCUAAAUUGUUCAGAAGUUUGUCUUGGACAUGUUUAUCUUAGACUGGAUGGUGUGCUUAUCAGAAAAGGGAGGGUGCUGGAGUUCUUAUUUUCAAUAAGAGAGGUUAAAUUCAAUCUGCACUUCAAAAUGGUGAAGCAUUGGUGCUAAGAGAAUGACUGAGCAAGCAGCACUCGUGCUCAAUGCUUCUCGUCGAUUUCGGUACACAUUGGACUUAAGAAAGGAAGAAGAGAAAGAGCAAAGAAGAAGGAUGAUUAGAGCACAUGCACAAGUCAUAAGAGCGGCAUUGCUUUUCAAAUUGGCUGGGGAACAAGCAACAAUAGUGUUGGGUACUACAGUAUCACCACCAAGUCCAGUUGGUGAUUAUUUAAUUGGAGUGGAACAGCUUGCUUCAAUGACCAGAGAUCAUAAUUUUUCUGCUCUGCAAGAAUAUGGAGGGGUUAAAGGAUUAUCGGAUUUAUUAGAAACAAAUCUAGAGAAAGGAACUGAUGGGGAUGAUGCUAGUCUAUCAAAAAGAAGAAACAUGUUUGGAUCAAAUACAUAUCCUCAGAAAAAAGGGCGGAGUUUCUUGAUGUUCCUUUGGGAAGCUUGGCAAGAUUUAACCCUUAUCAUCUUGAUUGUAGCUGCAGCAGCAUCAUUGGCUUUAGGAAUAAAAACUGAGGGUGUGAAAGAAGGAUGGUAUGAUGGGGGUAGCAUUGCCUUUGCAGUGUUUCUUGUUAUAUUUGUUACUGCAAUUAGUGAUUACCGACAGUCCCUGCAAUUUCAAAAUUUAAAUGAGGAAAAACGAAAUAUACAUUUAAAGGUCAUUAGAGGUGGCAGACCUGUGGAGAUAUCAAUAUUUGAUAUUGUUGUUGGUGAUGUUGUACCUUUAAGCAUAGGUGACCAGGUCCCUGCAGAUGGAAUCUUAAUUACUGGUCAUUCUCUUGCAAUUGAUGAAUCUAGCAUGACUGGUGAAAGCAAGAUUGUUCACAAGGAUCAUAAGGCACCCUUUUUGAUGUCUGGUUGCAAAGUGGCAGAUGGUGUUGGUACUAUGCUGGUAACUGGUGUGGGAAUCAAUACUGAAUGGGGAUUGUUGAUGGCAAGUAUCUCAGAGGAUACUGGUGAAGAAACCCCCUUGCAGGUACGCUUGAAUGGGGUUGCAACUUUUAUAGGCAUAGUUGGGCUUGCAGUUGCUCUUUCUGUACUGGCUGUCCUUUUGAUAAGAUACUUUACUGGACAUACGAGAGAUUCAGAUGGAACAGUCCAAUUUAAAAGUGGUGUUACGAGUUUUGGUGAUGCUGUAGAUGAUGUCAUUAAAAUCAUUACAAUUGCAGUCACCAUUGUGGUUGUUGCAGUGCCUGAAGGGCUUCCUUUGGCUGUUACCUUGACCCUAGCAUACUCCAUGCGAAAGAUGAUGGCAGAUAAGGCUUUGGUGCGUAGGCUUUCAGCCUGUGAAACUAUGGGCUCUGCAACAACAAUUUGCAGUGAUAAGACUGGAACAUUAACCUUGAAUAAGAUGACUGUGGUUGAGGCUUAUGUAGGGAGAAAGAAGAUAGAUCCACCAGAUGACUCCUCACAGUUGCAUCCAGAUGUUUCAUCUCUGCUACAUGAGGGCAUUGCCUGCAAUACCCAGGGCAAUGUUUUUGUGCCUAAGGGUGGUGGAGAAGAAAAAAUGGAAAUUUCUGGAUCUCCUACAGAAAAGGCUAUCCUUGCUUGGGCAGUCAAGUUGGGGAUGAAGUUUGAUGUAAUAAGAGAAGAAUCCUCAAUUCUCCAUGUUUUCCCUUUCAACUCAGAGAAAAAGAGAGGUGGUGUUGCAGUACAGGGUGACAAUAAAGUUCAUAUACAUUGGAAGGGAGCAGCUGAGAUGGUACUAGGCUCCUGUACGGAAUAUCUUGACUCAAAUGGUUGUUUGCAGCCCAUGGGUGAAGAUAAGGAGUUCUUCAGUGAAGCUAUUAAUCAAAUGGCUGCAAGCAGCUUGCGCUGUGUUGCAAUUGCAUACAGAACAUUUGACUUGGACAAAAUGCCAAUUGAUGAGGAGCAACGAGACCAAUGGGUUUUGCCUGAAAAUGACCUUGUUUUGCUUUCUAUUGUUGGUAUAAAGGAUCCUUGUCGUUCAGGUGUCCAAGAUGCUGUGAGAAUUUGCAUGAAUGCUGGUGUUAAGGUACGCAUGAUCACUGGAGAUAAUCUUCAAACAGCCAAGGCAAUAGCUUUAGAGUGUGGGAUACUUCCUUCUGAAGCAGAUGCUACUGAACCUAAUAUCAUAGAAGGAAGAGCAUUCCGUGUAUUAUCUGAGAGAGAAAGAGAACAAGUUGCCAAGAAAAUAUUGGUGAUGGGAAGAUCUUCUCCUAAUGAUAAACUUCUCCUUGUGCAAGCGCUACGCAAGGCUGGUGAGGUUGUUGCCGUAACAGGAGAUGGCACUAAUGAUGCUCCUGCACUUCAUGAGGCAGAUAUAGGUCUCUCUAUGGGCAUUCAAGGAACUGAAGUUGCAAAAGAAAGCUCAGACAUCAUUAUCUUGGAUGAUAACUUUGCCUCAGUUGUAAAGGUUGUUCGCUGGGGGCGUUCUGUCUAUGCAAAUAUUCAAAAAUUUAUCCAGUUCCAGCUCACUGUUAAUGUUGCAGCUCUUAUUAUAAAUGUUGUUGCAUCAGUUUCCUCUGGUGAUGUUCCUUUAAAUGCAGUGCAGCUUCUAUGGGUUAACCUUAUCAUGGAUACUCUUGGAGCACUUGCAUUGGCUACUGAACCACCAACUGAUCAUCUUAUGGAAAGAUCUCCAGUUGGUCGAAGAGAACCUCUUAUUACAAAUAUCAUGUGGAGGAACCUAAUCAUUCAGGCUCUUUAUCAAGUCAGUGUCCUCCUUGUCCUCAACUUCUGUGGUAUAAGUAUUCUUCAUUUGAAGGAUGAAACCAGGAAGCAUGCAACUCAAGUGAAGAAUAGUAUGAUAUUCAACUCAUUUGUCCUAUGUCAAAUAUUCAACGAGUUCAAUGCCAGAAAGCCAGAUGAAAUUAAUGUCUUUACUGGAGUGACUAAAAAUUACCUAUUUAUGGGGAUCAUUGGAAUCACCUUUGCGCUUCAGAUUAUCAUCAUUGAGUUUCUUGGAAAGUUUACAUCAACAGUUAAACUCAGUUGGAAAUUAUGGAUGGUUUCUUUGGCAAUUGGCCUUGUCAGCUGGCCUCUGGCCAUCAUUGGGAAACUCAUUCCAGUUCCUGAGACUCCCUUUGCCAAGUUCUUCACUAAGCCAUUUCAGCAAAGGAGAGCGGGUCAUUGGGCUUAGCUUCCUUCUUCCUGUGGUUGUCAUGAUAUCUUUCAGCAUAUCCUAUCUCCGUCAAAAUCUUCCACUGUGUUCAUCGCUCGAGAUAUCAAUAAAAUGUUUGAAAUUCAAAUAUUUGCAUUGGUAUCUUCACUGGUCUUUUUUUGAACUCGAAGUCGUCAAAGCAUCAUGUCUCGAAGUUUCUGCUAAUUUGCGUUCCUUGAGCAAGUCGAAGACUUUGCAGCUAACCCACUUGGCUUGUGUUUCUGAAUAUCAUUUUGUCGAUCUCUGUAUGUUGAUAGACUUUUGGAAUUAAACAACUCUACGCCCUAACAAUAUGAUCUUGUUACUUCAUUUGUUUGCUGGAACUGUAAAUGAAAUGUAAUAAGAUGUUAAGAUUGGAGUGCUUUUA